CUGUUCCGUUUUAACGAGCGUGCUGGUCGGUCGCAUUUUCCGACGCGCUAUUUUCCAGAAGCUGCAAGUGAAGAAUAAAUUGUUUUCUGUUUUUUAGAGUGCAUACGAUUUGAAGUGCCAAACAUAGUAAUUAAAUAACUCAAGGUGUGGUGUAAAGCGCCUUAAUCACCAAGAUGAGUUACAUGCCAGCCCAGAAUCGUACCAUGUCGCAUAAUAAUCAAUACAAUCCGCCGGAUCUGCCGCCGAUGGUGUCCGCCAAGGAGCAAACCCUCAUGUGGCAGCAGAACUCCUAUCUGGGUGAUUCUGGCAUCCACUCGGGUGCCGUAACCCAGGUGCCAUCAUUGUCAGGCAAGGAGGACGAGGAGAUGGAGGGAGAUCCUCUAAUGUUCGACUUGGACACUGGUUUCCCGCAGAACUUUACACAGGACCAGGUGGACGACAUGAAUCAGCAACUAAGCCAGACGCGCUCUCAACGUGUCCGUGCUGCGAUGUUCCCCGAAACCCUGGAGGAGGGCAUUGAGAUUCCCUCCACCCAGUUCGAUCCCCAGCAGCCGACGGCGGUACAACGACUUUCGGAACCAUCGCAGAUGUUAAAGCACGCGGUGGUCAAUCUGAUCAACUACCAGGACGAUGCCGAGCUGGCCACCAGGGCCAUACCAGAGUUAAUUAAACUUUUGAAUGAUGAGGAUCAAGUGGUCGUUUCCCAGGCCGCCAUGAUGGUCCACCAGCUGUCCAAGAAGGAGGCUUCGCGGCACGCCAUCAUGAACAGCCCCCAGAUGGUGGCCGCUUUGGUGCGUGCCAUUUCCAAUAGCAAUGAUCUGGAAAGCACGAAGGCAGCAGUAGGAACACUGCAUAACUUGUCACACCAUCGCCAGGGUCUAUUGGCCAUAUUCAAGAGCGGUGGUAUCCCGGCACUUGUCAAGUUGCUCUCUUCGCCAGUGGAAAGUGUGCUUUUCUAUGCAAUUACCACGCUGCAUAACCUGCUGCUCCACCAGGACGGUUCCAAGAUGGCCGUGCGUUUAGCCGGUGGCCUCCAGAAAAUGGUUACACUGCUGCAGAGGAACAACGUAAAGUUCCUGGCCAUCGUCACCGAUUGUUUGCAGAUUCUGGCCUACGGUAACCAGGAAAGCAAGCUUAUAAUCCUCGCUUCCGGCGGGCCAAACGAAUUGGUACGCAUCAUGCGCUCUUACGACUACGAGAAGCUACUGUGGACCACUUCACGUGUGCUCAAAGUGUUGUCCGUUUGCUCAAGCAACAAGCCGGCCAUUGUAGACGCCGGUGGCAUGCAAGCACUGGCUAUGCACUUAGGUAACAUGUCACCGCGUCUGGUGCAAAACUGUUUGUGGACGCUCCGUAACUUGUCAGAUGCGGCAACCAAGGUAGAGGGCCUCGAAGCCUUGCUCCAAUCGCUGGUCCAGGUAUUGGGCUCGACCGAUGUCAACGUGGUCACCUGUGCCGCCGGAAUCCUUUCGAAUCUGACGUGCAACAAUCAGCGCAAUAAGGCCACCGUUUGCCAAGUAGGCGGUGUGGAUGCUCUUGUCCGUACUAUUAUCAAUGCUGGGGAUCGCGAGGAGAUUACCGAGCCGGCCGUCUGUGCCCUGCGUCAUUUGACUUCUCGUCAUGUGGACUCAGAGCUGGCCCAGAAUGCCGUGCGUCUUAACUACGGGUUGUCGGUAAUAGUGAAGCUACUGCAUCCACCAUCUCGCUGGCCUUUAAUCAAGGCCGUUAUUGGGCUUAUACGCAAUUUGGCCCUAUGUCCAGCCAACCAUGCCCCGUUGCGCGAGCACGGUGCCAUCCACCAUCUGGUGCGGCUGCUAAUGCGUGCCUUCCAGGACACAGAGAGGCAACGCUCCUCUAUUGCCACUACGGGUUCGCAGCAACCGUCUGCAUACGCAGACGGCGUACGUAUGGAAGAGAUUGUCGAAGGCACUGUAGGAGCACUACAUAUCCUGGCCCGUGAAUCCCACAAUCGGGCGCUCAUCCGCCAGCAGUCGGUUAUACCGAUCUUUGUGCGUUUGCUGUUCAACGAAAUCGAGAAUAUUCAGCGUGUGGCAGCUGGCGUUCUUUGUGAAUUGGCUGCCGACAAGGAAGGCGCCGAGAUUAUUGAGCAGGAGGGCGCCACCGGGCCACUGACCGAUCUUCUGCAUUCACGCAAUGAGGGUGUGGCCACGUAUGCCGCCGCAGUGCUGUUCCGCAUGAGCGAGGACAAGCCCCAGGACUACAAGAAACGGUUGUCCAUCGAGCUGACCAACUCGCUGCUGCGCGAGGACAACAACAUUUGGGCCAACGCCGAUCUGGGCAUGGGUCCUGAUCUACAGGAUAUGCUUGGACCCGAAGAAGCAUAUGAAGGCCUGUACGGACAAGGUCCGCCCAGCGUGCACAGUUCGCACGGAGGUCGCGCAUUCCAUCAGCAAGGAUAUGAUACUCUACCAAUAGAUUCGAUGCAAGGUCUGGAGAUCAGCAGCCCGGUUGGCGGCGGCGGUGCUGCCGGCAAUGGUGGAGCGGUUGGCGGAGCUGGCGGCGGCGCUGGUAACAUUGGCGCUAUUCCGCCUAGCGGUGCACCCACAUCGCCCUAUUCCAUGGACAUGGACGUCGGCGAAAUUGAUGCCGGUGCAUUGAACUUUGAUUUAGACGCCAUGCCGACGCCACCCAAUGACAACAACAAUCUGGCUGCCUGGUACGACACCGACUGUUAGAUGAGCAGAGAUAAGGGUAAGGGUCGAGAAUCCAUUCGACCCCAAAAAUUAAAAAAACACAAAACACAAAUCCCCGUCCCAGCAAUAUAGCCCUCUUCCACCGGCUAAGCCCCAUGAAGUUGGAAAUGGAGCGAUCACCGACAUUUGACUAGAUCAAUGAAAACUGUUGAUUUUACUUGACAAAGACGAGGAGGAUGCUGCAGCAGGACAAAGACGAAGCGAUGCUGAGGCCCGUGGAAGAAGGCUAUUGUUCACACACCCCUCGGCAAAACAUACACACACGCAUACAUGCAUAAUAUUAUAUAUUAAUUAUAAUGCGAUCGCAACGGCAAAAAAUCAUAUUAUAUGAUGCAUUACAUAUUAUCCACAUAAACGAAAUGGAAAAUUAAACAAAUGUUUGCAAUAGAACUCGUACAUUUCCCUUUAAA